UCCCUGUGCGACCCUGCUUCUAGGGCUUUGAUUGGAGGGAAACCCCGUGGAUGAGCGGGAGCGAUCAUCAGCUGUGCGGCGGGGCCAUCAGUAAGAGCGACACGGUUUAACGACACUCGCAGGUUAGCUCGCAUUUAUUUGCCUUUCGCGGUUGGCGUGUAUUUCACGAUUUAUCGGUAAAAACCAUCGCUCCGCGCGCUUUGGAGAAAGAGGGAUAUAAGGCUCUCGAUUCUGCACCGACCGCCCCGCCGUUGUUGAGAAGAAGCCAUGGCAGACAAGACGGAGUUGGUUCAGAGGGCCAAACUGGCCGAGCAGGCGGAGCGCUAUGACGACAUGGCAGCGGCCAUGAAGGCCGUCACGGAGGAGGGCUCGGAGCUCAACAACGAGGAGCGCAACCUGCUCUCUGUCGCCUACAAGAACGUGGUGGGGGCCAGGAGGUCCGCGUGGAGGGUGAUGUCCAGCAUAGAGCAGAAGCCGGACAGCCUCAAAGCUCCGCUGGCCAAGGAAUACAGAAUAAGCAUAGAGGAGGAGCUGAACAAAAUCUGCAGGGAAGUUUUGGACCUGCUAGAUGACCAUCUCAUUCCCAAAGCCACACCUCCUGACAGUAAAGUUUUCUACCUGAAGAUGAAGGGAGACUACUUCCGCUACUUGGCUGAGGUGGCUGUUGGAGACAAGAAGGAGGCCAUCAUCAACAGCUCACAAGAAGCCUACCAGAAAGCGUUGGAUAUCAGCAUCACUGAAAUGCCGCCCACACAUCCCAUCCGUCUGGGUCUCGCGCUCAACUUCUCCGUCUUCUACUACGAGAUCGUCAACUCUCCUGAAAAAGCCUGCCAACUUGCCAAAUCGGCCUUUGACGAAGCCAUCGGCAUGCUGGACUCCCUCAACAGCGACUCCUACAAAGACAGCACCUUGAUCAUGCAGCUGCUCCGCGACAAUCUGACCCUGUGGAUGUCUGAUGCGCCGGGAGAGGGCGAGGGUGAAGGAGAAGAGACGGAGCCUCAGGCUGCUGAGAAGAACUGAACUUCAGAAAAAGAAGCGAAAGACACAUUUUUUUUUUUUACCUCUCACCAGCCUAAGUUGUAUGCGUGGUUGUGUGUGUGCACACAUGCACAGUUUACACUUCACUCAGCGUGUAAAGUACAGUGUGUGUGUGCAGAUGCAUCAAAGUGCGUGCAUGUGUUCCAUGUGGUAACUGUAUGAGCAUGUCUACAGAGAAAAGAGUGGUAUAUAUUUGUUUUCUUCUGACCAUUGUGUGAUCCAUGUAUUUUUUUUUGGCUUUAUUCCAGAUUAAAUCCCUCCUUUAGAUCUGCCCCACCAUGUUUAACAUGUUUCAGUGUAGCGGACUCCUGCCAGUCAGUCAGGUGGUUGGUUGAGUUUCCUGCUGCUGCAGGAAAACCAACCAACCAAUCACCAGACUGACUGUCUCUUUGGAGAAUUUACAUGUUUUUACUUGAACUGAACAUUUACAAUCUUUUGUCCACAAAUUGUCUCUGAAACCACUUUAGAGCGGUAGUCCGGUUUCUUUAAACGGCCCGUCUGACGGCAGCAGGGAGUAUACUCUGAUGAAAGGUAUUACCUCGGUGAAGAUCUGUUCCCGUAGUACUUGUAUCCAUCCGGCCCGGUCGGUGUCCGGUGUAGCAGGUAGUGUUUUUAUGGAUGGUACACGUGUCAAUUGAACGGGUUGUACGUCUUUUUCAUCAGUGUUUUUGCGUGAAUGACCACUUGCGCUUCGGUUGAUUUUUGUUGGGAUUAUUUUCUACGGUGAAGUGUCUGGAUUAUGAUUUCCUGCAAUUUUUCAUACCGCAUAAGGUAAAGGCAGCCUAAAAUAAGAAUUUAAGAAAAAUACAAACGUCUCUACUGUAACUUUUUUGAUAUUUUAUCUCAUCAGCAGUGCAGACGACACUUUUGCCAUGUGGCUUUCUACUCUUUUUCUAUUCAGGUAUUUUUUGUAUUUUUCUUUUAAUUUUAUUAACUUUUUUGAAUUUGACUUCUGGAAUGUACGUGGUUCUCAGUAGUAUGGUGUGAGGGUUAGACGGUGUUAUAAUAAACGGGCAGUUUUUGGCUUAGGAUCAACUUUAACCUGGUGGUUUAAAGUGACAUUUAUCUUUUUGUUGAAAGUUCAUCAUGAAAACUAAAACCAUGCUCAAUAUAAAGUGAAUAUUAAAGUAACUUGGUAGAAAGCUUCUUUAAAGCCAUUUUGUAGUCACAAAGUUGUGCCAGUUCUAAUUACAGUAUCUUUGUUUUCUUUUUAAAAAGGUUGGGAUUCAGGAUUCAGAAUUUGCAAGUUACACUUUUAGUGCAUUAUUUGGUUAUGUG